AUGUCGAAGAUGCUUCUUGCAUGCAUGGGAGUUACUGCAUUAGGGUUCACAUUAGACCAUAUCGUUUCUGAUAGAAAACUAUUUGGAGGUACAACUCCAAAAACAAUGUCGAAAGAGUGGCAAGAUGAAACAGAGAGGAUGAAAAACGCAUGGCCUCGCACUGCUGGACCUCCUGUCGUCCUAAACCCUAUCACUCGCCAGAAUUUCAUUAUCAAGUCUUCUGAUUCUUGA